CCUAUCUCUUUCUCUCUCUACCCCUCUCUUUCUCUCUCUAGGAAGUUGUUGGCGAUCACAAACCGGGUGAGGGGGAUGGAGUAGCAUCUGCGUCAUUCUCUCUCCUAUCUCGUUUGCCCAUCAUUCAAGGUAAAAUCGGCCAAAAGAAAAAGCUCGAAAGCAAGAAGACGAAGAACGAAGAACGAAGAACGAAGGAGGAAGGAAAUUCGAUCGGAUCGUUGCGGAUCUUCGACCUCGCCCUCUCGAUCGCGUCCCUUCGACGAGCUUCGAUCGGCCUUCCUCUUCCUCGCCUUGUGAUCAUCGUCCCCGAUCGGUCCCGAUCCUCUUUCCUCCCCUCGGGACGUCAUGCUUGUGGUCGUCUCCCGGAGGAAUCGCCGCUCUGAGAAUCGUCCGUCGCUGGAUGCUCGACCACCCGCUCCUUCGCGUAAUCCCUGUCGUCUCUCCGACGGUUGACCUAGGUUGCAUCGGGAUAGAGAUUCGCUCGCGUUGAUUUUUUUUUUUUCUUGAUUUCGUGUAGCGGUAGAUUUCAUUUCUGGUCGGUGUGGGGGAGGUUUUUUUGUUUCUUUUCCCCGAUUCGUUUAGGUCUGUUGAUUUCGGGGGAUAUGCAUAUUGAGGAAUUCGAGGAAGGAGGAGGAGGAGGAGGAGGAGGAGGAGGAGGAGGAGGAGGAGGAGAGGUGGGGGCCGGUGCCGGCGUUGGUGGUGGAGUGGAGGAGGGGCGGCGUGCCGACGGGGAGAUUGUGCUGGGGAACGGAGGGGAGAGCAUCGUGCCGGUUCAUGUGAAGAGAGCGGUGAUCGGAGCUGGCGCUCGCGCUCUGUUCUACCCGACGCUGCUUUACAACGUCGUGAGGAACCGGAUGCAGGUUGAGUUCAGGUGGUGGGACCGCAUCGGUGAGUUUAUACUGUUGGGUGCCGUUCCGUUUCCUUCUGAUGUUCCAUGCCUAAAAAAGCUCGGUGUCGAUGGAGUGGUUACUCUGAACGAGCCGUAUGAAACUUUGGUUCCAACAGCACUCUAUAAGGCGUAUGGCAUCAAUCAUCUGGUGAUUCCCACAAGAGACUAUUGCUUUGCUCCGUCCCUGCACUCUAUAUGCCAAGCUGUAGAGUUUAUUCACAAAAAUGCAUCAUGCGGAAGAACUACAUACGUUCACUGUAAAGCUGGCCGGGGCCGUAGUACGACCAUCGUGAUAUGCUACCUGGUGCAACACAAGGAUAUGACCCCUGAUGCUGCAUAUGCCUAUGUGAAGUCGAUCAGACCAAGAGUGCUUCUAGCCACAGCUCAGUGGCAGGCUGUUCAGCAAUUCUAUUAUCUGAAGGUGAAGAAAGUUGACCUCCGCAGUCACCUGUCUGAUCUAGUUUUCAAAACCAGUGUGGCAAAGAUCCAACGAGAACGGUUGCCAUUUGAUGAUGGCUCUGUAGUUGUGGUAACCGAAUCAGAUCUUACUGGAUAUGACCCCUCUCUUGAAUGUGAUGUUAAAUCGGAGAUAUGGGCAGAUCUGAGAGUUGUCUGCCGGGUUCGCUAUGCUGGUCAAAAAGCACUAGCGAGAAUAUCAUGCCUCUGGCUACGGUGUCGUGCACAGGAGAAGGUUUCUGGAGAGAAGCUGGUUAUGGACAGUGGCCGCGCGAUCGGGAGUAAUCAUCUCAGUGGCAUUAGUGUGGACAUUCAUGUCUACUAAGAAGUGAUACUACGGCAUGGUGACAAAGCGGCUUUCUACCCUCGUAAGUGAAAUUUCCUCUACUGGUUGGUACAUGCAUAGAUAAAUAAGGAAUGCUUCACUAGGCAAGAGCUGUGAUCUCCUUUUCUUUUUCCUACUUUCCCCCACUUUGAAUGUAAAGUUUAUACUCGUUUCUCUUGAAUUGAAGCUAAGAAAAGAUGAGCUUUAUGCGCAUAGAAAUGUACAAAGGAAAUUUCCUUGCUCCUCUUCCAUGUUU